ACAUCUCUCUUCUCAUCUCUUGAAAAAAAAACCCAACAGAGAAAAAAAAAAAUACCUUGAAAAUAAAGGUAAUGAUUAAUCCAUCAGGCACAAAAAGGACUGUUUUCAGGAUUUCAGGUUCUAAUACGCCAUUUCAAAUAAACAGCAGCAAACAGGGAAUGACAAUUUCACCAGAAGAGGAUUAAGCCACAGGCUCUAAUUGGAACUGGAUUUGUACAGCCAUAUUAUCUAAUCAGGCAUCUCCAGGAAUCUGUGAGCAGUUGUUAAAACUUCCAUGUGCCAGUGAAGUAGGGACCAGAAGAAGCAGGUAUUGGUGAAAAGAGUGGUCCCGUAGAAGCCCCAAGAUGCAGCCUGAGAUGGAACAAAAGAAAAAAAGCUUGAAGCAGAGACUGGUCUUGAAGAGCAGCUUAGCUAAAGAAAUGCUCUCCGAGUUCUUGGGCACAUUUAUAAUGAUUGUCCUUGGAUGUGGCUCUGUUGCCCAAGCUGUCCUCAGUCGAGGAAGUCAUGGAGGAAUCAUCACUAUCAAUACUGGAUUUUCAUUGGCAAUAGUAAUGGCCAUUUAUGUUGCUGGAGGUGUCUCUGGUGGCCACAUCAACCCAGCUGUGACUUUUGCAAUGUGUCUUUUUAGACGGAUGAAGUGGUUCAAAUUCCCCUUUUAUGUGGGGGCCCAGCUCUUGGGAGCCUUUGUAGGGGCUGCAACCCUCUUUGGCAUUUAUUAUGAUGCACUUCUGUCUUUCGCUGGUGGAAAACUGCUCAUCGUGGGAGAAAACGCAACAGCACACAUUUUCGCAACAUACCCAGCUCCGUAUCUGUCUCUGGUGAAUGCACUUGCAGACCAAGUAGUGGCCACCAUGUUCCUCCUCAUUGUCAUCUUUGCCAUUUUUGACUCAAGAAACUUGGGAGUCCCCAAAGGCCUAGAGCCCAUUGUCAUUGGCUUCCUGAUUGUUGUCAUUUCUUCCUCUCUGGGAAUGAACAGUGGCUGUGCCAUGAACCCAGCUCGAGACCUGAGUCCCAGACUUUUCACUGCCUUGGCAGGUUGGGGGUUUGAGGUCUUCACAGCUGGAAAUAACUUCUGGUGGAUUCCUGUAGUGGGCCCUUUUGUUGGUGCUAUCGUUGGAGGCCUCAUCUAUGUUCUUGUCAUUGAAAUCCACCACCCGGAUCCUAACCCAGACUGCGAGGAAGAACAGCCAGAGGACAAACCAGAGAAACAUGAACUUAAUGUGAUAACGUAAUAGCACGCUCAGUUCUGGGUUUACAAUUGGCUACCUACGGGGCUUUACACUUCACAAAGCACUUUCACACAUAUUAUCUAAUUUAAUCCUUAUAGUCACUGUCUGGGGUAAAUAUCAUGCUGCUCAUCUUUCAAAUAAGAAAAUAAAAUCUCAGGGAAGUUGAGUUGCCUAAGGUCACAUGGAAAGUUGAACAUCACUGAAUGCAUCCUAUACCUUUCAGAAGAUUAAUAACUGGAUGAAAACCUUGGCCAGCCCCUCCUGGCCGGCCAGAAGUGGGACUGGCAGCUGCCAGAACAUGUACACCUUCUGGGCAUCAUUCUUUUGGAUCCUAAGUUACGAAGACCGCCAUUGUCUGGUUUUAUUCCCACUGUUACUGAAGCACUAAUAAAGGAAAGAGGUAGCCAUUAGAUCAUAUUUUUCAUCUCCUGAAGAACAUUAUCAGAGGCCUCCCUUCCUAGGCCACGCUUAGUCUUGCUAAGUCUUGAUCUUCCUUCCCUGCGAAUUCCAACAUUGUACAUUCCAGGAAUUUCCUCUUGGUCAGGCUCUUCCCUGUCACUUUGGUCAAAAAAGUCUGUGAAUUACAAGCACCAGAGAAAUUGCUCUACAUCAAGUGAUGCACCUUCAGUCAAACUGUUAUAAAGCUCAGAAUUCCCAGAGUUAACCAGUUUCUCAACUGCUUUGUGAUGAUAACAAAACAACAAAAAGCACAUGUGAAUGUCUCCAGGGGCCUAUAAUAGACUGUAAUAGACUGAUAUAUGGAAUUUUUUAUUUCUCUGAAACUACUUGGCAUUUCCUAUUUGAAAUAAAUUUGGGGUGAGG